AUGGAGCCUGUGCCGCUGGCGGUGGGGCUGGCGGCGCUGCUGGGUCUUUCUUCUGCAGUAUUGGAGGUCCAUGUGGGACAGACCUCUGUGGUUUCCAUCAAAGGGCAGCAGGCCAUCCUGCCGCUCUGGUAUACAUCCUAUUCUAACAGCAGGCCUUUUGUCUCCUGCCUUCUUGAAAGACGUGACCCUACAAAGCAUUUACAGGUACUGACGUACAUAGACGGAAAGUCAAAAGUGGAUGAGAAGUAUUUCAAGCAUCGGGUGGGCUUUCUAUACCCCAUGCCUUCACCUAACGUCUCCAUUGCAAUUAAUAAUACCCAAGAAGAUGACUCUGGGCAAUAUAUGUGCACAGUUAACCUUGGGGAUGAAAGCUCGACAGAUGGGAGAAACAUCGGACUCGUCAACCUUACCGUUCUGGUCCCGCCGUCUUCACCAACAUGUAAAAUCCAGGGAACUCCCCAUGUUGGAGGGAAUGUUACCAUGAGCUGCAAGUCAUUGUCGGGCAAGCCCAGCCCGAUGUACCACUGGAGACGCACUGGCCCUUCUUUUCAGGUCUUCUUUGCUCCCGUGCAAGACCUCUCGAAGGGGACACUGACGCUGACAAAUCUCACCACCGACAUGUCCGGAACGUACAUCUGCAACGCCUCCAACUCGGCCGGCUACUCCAACUGCACCAUAACCUUGGAGGUGACUCCAGCUUUCAAUGCGGCGGUGGUGGCUGGUGCAGUCGUGGGAGCCCUCAUUGGACUGGGCCUGAUCCUCUUGUUUGCUCUCCAGAUGUUCGUUUACAGAAGGAAGAAGAAGGAUGUGCAAGAGGAAAUGGCCAAUGAGAUCAAGGAAGAUGCCGUUGCUCCCAAGACGCUUUCCUGGGCCAAAAGUCCCGGUUCGGACGUUGUCUCCAAAAAUGGCACCUUGUCCUCGAUGAACACCGCUCAGGACCACAAACUGUAUCCGUCCAAACCUCCUUCGGACACAGCCUCCGUCACCACUGCCACCGGCAGCAUGGUGGCCUACAAGCCCCCGUACAACAACCCUCGAGGCGGGACGCUCACCCCGACCCCCAGCCUCUCCAGCCAGUCCUUGCCUCUCUACUUCCCGCCGACCGUCAACGGCAUCCACUGCCACCACGCCAAUGUGCCAGUCCACAGGAACGCUCAGCACAGGACAAACGGGGCUCAGCCCCAGGCCCCCCGCCAGGAGCACACCCUCCCCCCGGGGCUCACGUCCUCCACCCUGACCCGCAUGGGGGCGGUGCCCGUUAUGGUGCCUGCCCAGAGCCAAGCGGGAUCCUUGGUAUAAAGACUCCGUGGCUCGUGCGGCCCUCUCGCACGGCAAGCGGCUGUACCAGUUCCUGGAAACGC